UGCUUCGGGCGGGGCGCGGCGGGCCGGGCAUGGCGUCCAUGGCGGCGGCGAUCGCGGCCUCGCGCUCCGCGGUCAUGAGCGGGAACCGGCCGCUGGACGAGCGGGAGCGGAAGCGCUUCACCUACUUCUCGUCGCUGAGCCCCAUGGCCAGAAAGAUCAUGCAGGACAAGGAGAAGAUCCGCGAGAAGUACGGGCCCGAGUGGGCGCGGCUGCCGCCCGCGCAGCAGGACGCGAUCAUCGACCGCUGCCUGGUGGGGCCGCGCGCCCCGGCGCCCGCCGACCCGGGGGACCCCGGUGACCCCGAAGACCCCGCGCCCUUCCCCGGCCUGCGCGGGCCCACGGGCCAGAAGCUAGUGCGCUUCGGCGACGAGGACAUCACUUGGCAAGAUGAGCACUCCGCUCCUUUCUCCUGGGAAACUCGGAGUCAGAUGGAGUUCAGCAUCUCCUCCUUGUGCAUCCAGGAGCCGAGCAACGGCAGUGCUACCAGUGAGCUGAGGCCGCUGCCCAAGGCCUCCCAGGGCCCGCAGGCCCUCAAGCCCACCCAGGGCAGUAGGGCGUCCAGCCUGGAUGCCCUGGGUCCGACCAGGAAGGAAGAGGAGGCGCCCUUCUGGAAAAUCAAUGCGGAGAGAUCCCGGGAGGGGCCCGAGGCCGAGUUCCAGUCGCUGACACCCAGCCAGAUCAAGUCCAUGGAGAAAGGGGAGAAGGUCUUGCCUGCCUGCUACCGGCAGGAACCUGCCCAGAAAGACCGGGAGGCCCGGGCCCUCCGCCAGGAGCAGUGGGUCCUUCCCAGUGUGGGUGUGGACCAGGAGAGGCCACCGCCGGCCCAGACCCCCACUGGCAUGCUGCCCGAGGAGCCCUCCGAGCCCCUGGGGAAGCCGCUCUCUCUGGACGCCAGGCAGGACGAGGAAGGGGCUCUAGGUUCAGAGCCUCUGCCUGCACAGGCCAGCUCCAGCGUCAUCCUGAAGACAGGUUUCGACUUCCUGGACAACUGGUAAAGGAGCCAGGCGCCUGCAGCGGGGCCCCGACGUUUCCAGGGUGCUGUGCCCAGGAGGGCUCCGGCCUGCUUCCUGGUUUCCCUACUCUUUUCUUGAUUUUUCAGAAGCUGGUGAAUAUUGCCAUUUUUUUCUCUUUUUGGUAAAACCAGAUAUUCGUGCUAUUUUCAACGAUUUGAUAAUGGAAGUUUUACAUCUGGAAUUUCUAAGGACUGUUAGGAAUUUAGUGGAUCGUGUUUGUAAGCCCCUCCCAGCCCAUUUCCCUCCUCUUGGGAGGUCUCCCCACGUUACCAGGGCCCCACCAGAUCCGGCCUCUGCUUUGUGCCCCCUGUGCAGCCAGCCUCCGUGGGUGGUGGCCGCCACGUCCACAGCUUCCACGGUGUCUGCUGCCAGCCAUUCCCGCAGGAAGAUCUGCCCUCAGGAAGAGCUCCCAAUGCUCACGG